AUGAUGAACUCGAGGGUGGCGAUGGCCGCGUGGUGGGUUUGUGGACUCCUCCCGCUUCUGCUGCUGGCGGUGGCCGCGGAUGGGGACUCGGAGCCGCUGAUCCGGCUGCCGACGGAGAACGGGCAUGCCCCUGCCCCUGCGCCUGGCCCUGCCGCGUCAGCGCCGGAGGAAGGGGUGACGAAGUGGGCCGUGCUCGUUGCGGGCUCCUCCGGCUACGAGAACUACCGGCACCAGCGUGUGCUUGCUCAACGAUUAUUUGUGGUGCUGUUGAUGCACGACGACGACGUACAGGCCGAUGUAUGUCACGCGUACCAGAUCCUGAAGAAGGGAGGACUCAAGGAUGAGAACAUAGUGGUUUUUAUGUACGACGAUAUCGCCAACAGCCCUGAAAACCCAAGGCGUGGGGUCGUCAUCAACCAUCCUAAAGGCAAAGAUGUUUACCAUGGUGUUCCCAAGGAUUACACCGGUGAGCACGUCACUGCUAAAAACUUGUAUGCGGUUCUCUUGGGGAACAAAACUGCGGUCACCGGAGGGAGUAGGAAGGUGAUAAACAGCAAACCGAAUGAUCACAUCUUCAUCUACUACACGGAUCAUGGGGGUGCUGGUUCACUUGGUAUGCCCAACGUGCCGUUUGUUUAUGCUGGCGACUUCAUCAAAGUGUUACGGCAAAAGCAUGCUUCCAAAAGCUAUUCGAAAAUGAUCAUAUAUGUUGAAGCGUGUGAGAGUGGCAGCAUCUUUGAGGGUUUAAUGCCACAAGAUCACAAUAUUUAUGUUACAACAGCAGCAAAUGCGGAAGAAAGUAGCUGGGCAGCAUACUGCCCUGGGAUGGAAGUACCACCUCCUUCUGAAUACAAGACCUGUUUAGGUGACGCAUACAGUGUGUCUUGGAUGGAAGACAGUGAAACUCACAAUCUGAAGAAGGAAAGCAUCAAGCAGCAGUACGAGGUGGUUAAAGCGAGAACGGCACCCCCAAACGAGUCCAGUAUUGGCUCUCAUGUCAUGGAGUAUGGUGACAAGACAUUCAAGGGUGACAUGCUUUUCCUCUAUCAAGGUUUCGAUCCUGCAAAGUCAUACUCCAGUUAUUUCAGGCAGCGUUUGCCCAGCCUCAAGGGUGCAAUCAAUCAAAGAGAUGCCGACAUUCUUUUCAUGUGGAAGAAGUAUGAGCAGUUAAAUGGUGGAUCAGAGGAGAAGCAGAGGGCUCUCACGGAGAUCAAAGAAACUGUGCUACACAGGAAGCAUCUCGACAGCAGUAUCGAUUUCAUCGGGAAGCUUGUCUUUGGAUUCGAAAAGGGUCCUUCAGUGCUUGACGCUGCUAGAGGCUCUGGCCAGCCAUUGGUCGACGAUUGGGAUUGUCUGAAGACGAUGGUGCGAAUUUUCGAGUCUCAGUGCGGAUCACUCACUCAGUAUGGCAUGAAGCACAUGAGGGCGUUCGCCAACAUAUGCAACAAUGGCGUCUCCGAGGCCGAGAUGAAGGAGGCAAGCAUCAGCGCUUGCGACGAUUACGACAUGGGGAAGUGGAGCCCGCUGGUUCGAGGGCACAGCGCCUGA